AUGAGAUCACAGAACAACAGCGUACAGCUGGAAAGAGAGAAAAGGAGCGCCAACAAGACGUUCCGUCUCAAGAGAACUCUUGCUAAGAAGCAAAGACAAAACAGACCAAUCCCACAAUGGUUCCGUCUCAAGUCUGACACCAACAUCCAAUACAACGCCAAACGUCGUCACUGGCGCCGUACUAAGCUCCACAUUUAAACUGGUGUUAUGUAUUUGGAAUUACCAAAUUAUUUAAUUGUUCGAUUUAGAUUUAAUUUUUUAAUUUGGUACUC